UGGUCUAGAAUGUUAUUGUUGUGAGAUUGAUCAAUUCCAAAGAAUGGCAAGGGCAGGUUUUCACAAUGAACAAGCGGCGUCAUGUGUACCAAAAUGCUGUGAGCUAAGCAAAGUUUAAAAACCAACUCAUUAAACUUAUUAAAUAUAUGUGCACAUCAGUUGUUUUAGACCUUAACUUAUAAACGCACGAGGAAAUUAAUAAACGUAAACUUUUAUUUUGAAACUAUGCCAUUUCUUAACCAGAAGCGCGCUUGUUGCUAAGCUGCUAAGUGUAAAUAAAAUUGUUAGUGUGAGACUUAAUCGAUUUGAAUAUAUAUAAAGAGAGAGAGAGAGAGAGUAUUUGUAGUACAUUCUACGUUUGUAGAGGAAGUAGUCUUAUAAUUAUGAUUGCAACGUCGAACAUGACUUUAAGAGAAAUGAUACGUUUUUUCUCCAGUUCUGCCUUGUACCGUCUGGCGAGCAGUUAUAUGGACGUUAGUAAACGAAUAAAGAGAGUCUCGAUCGAAGGAAACAUUGCGGUCGGGAAGUCAACAUUUGCCAGGCUGCUACAGAACGCAGGGCAGGACUGGGAGGUGAUAGCAGAGCCCAUCAGUAAAUGGCAAAAUGUGGACCACACGACUCAGUCAGUGCAUUGCCCUCAGCAAAUGACCAGUAACCUAUUAGAGAUGAUGUAUCAAAAUCCAAAGCGAUGGUCUUACACUUUCCAGACGUUCUCCUGUAUGAGCCGUUUGCGGACUCAACUGCAGCCUCCACCUGCCAGGUUACUGGAGUCCACUUGCACACCAGUACAGGUCUAUGAACGCUCUGUGUACAGUGACAGGUACAUUUUUGCUUUAAAUAUGUUUGAGCUUGGCUGUAUAAACUCAACAGAGUGGGCUGUAUAUCAAGAUUGGCACUCAUUUCUUGUUGAGCAGUUCGGUAAUCAAAUACAAUUGGAAGGCAUCAUAUAUCUCCAAGCAUCCCCACAGACCUGCAUGGAAAGGUUAGGAAAACGCGGCAGAAUGGAGGAGCAGGGAAUUCAGUUCAACUACCUUGAGAAACUGCACACAAGACAUGAAGAUUGGCUUAUCAACAAGACUACCAAGGUUCAUUUUGAGCACAUGGCAAAGGUGCCUGUGUUGGUUCUAGAUGCCGGGGUGGAGUUUGAGGAGGACCAUAAUGUGCAGGCCAAACUCUUAGCACAGGUAACAACCUUUUUCAGUGGAUUAUAAAUGGCAGCAUGGGAUCAAACAUCAAUUUAGGUUAUGUAUGGACUAUUUAUUGAUGACAAUGUGCCUAGGAUCUUGGACUAUACAUCUAAAAUUUUUUGGUGCAGAAGACCUUGUUUAUACUUUCACCUGGGAUCGUUGCGCAUUCAAUGUGCAUCCUAUGUGUGCAGCUCUCGACGACAAUAGACUGUAUACCUCACCGCCUCAUUUUCAUUCCUGUCAAAAAAUGUGUUACUACUGUGAAUAAGGUCUAUACACGCCUUUAAUUUCUUAAUGAUUACUCAUAAAGUGGGGAUAAAGUUUGUAUUUACCUUGUCAGCAGAUCAUAGAAAUACCAUUAUGGUCAAUAACUGGUUACUUUUGCAGUGAUAUGCCCUUAAAAAGGUUUUGCAUUGUUGGGUAAUAUUUUUUUAUUAUCAAUUAUUAUACUAAUAACUGAUUUCUUGUCUUAUAUUUGUUUUCAUUAUUGAUUUAUUUCAAUAAACCCAUAUUUAUAUUUGUGGAGUGAAAUUCACUUGA